AUGCUUGCGGAAGUCCAACCCACAGUUACUCCACAGGAUAGCGCCUUAGAUAUAGAUGUUAGGGGAGCUAUCCAGUUGCUUACCCAAAUUGUUGUUACCUACGCACAACAUCAAGAAACGACUCCUAGCGCAAGUGCUAGUGGAGCGUUGAACUGUUCUAGGACUAAGGAAUUUCUGCAUAUGAGGCCUCCAGUGUUCAUAGGGACUGUCAAGGGGGAAGAUUCUCAAAAUUUCAUUGAUGAGCUUCAGAAGAUGCCUUCAUUGACCACUUCCAACCGCUUGAGUCCUGAUAUGAGGGCCAGAGUUAGGCGAUUUGUGUUAGGCCUUAUACCCGACUUGUAUGGUGAUGCAAAUAUUGCUGCUCAGAAUAGGGAAAUGACCAUCAUUAAGAUAGUUGUUUUCGUUCAGGAUAAUGAGGACAGAAUGAAGGAAGAAGAAGCACUUCAGAAAGAGAAGGACAGAGAAUUAUAA